AUGGUGUACAUACGACAGGAUAAGCUACCAAAGCUCAGGGAGUACAAGUACUCUGGCGUGGAUCACAGCUUGCUUUCACAAUAUGUCCUCAAGCCUUUCUACUCUCAUGUGGUCAUCAAAUGCUUUCCUAUGUGGAUGGCACCCAACCUUGUAAGUUUGGCAUAA